UCUGCGCGAGCGACAGCCGCAGUCUGCGCCGCCGCAUCUGGCUCACUGACCCGCUUCCCGUGCCGCCAGCAUUAACUGCCGCGGCGGCCGCUGCAGCAGCAGCCAUUGCGGCGACUUGCCUGUGGUCACAGCGCCCAUACCUGCAAGGGCGCCGUGACUAUCCCCAUGGCCAUGGUGCGUGGAUGCGGCAAAGUACGGUCUUUUGGCGUAGUCCACAGUCGCAGCGUCAAAGCUGUUGGCCCGCCGCCCGGGAUUCUGGUCGGCGGCCGGUUGGAUCCCGCCGGACUUUGUGCGGCCAGAGGCGUUUGUCACCUCGGUGUCGCUGCCUUCACGCGCCAGCGCACUGCUGCCCCCGCUGCUGCCUUGAGCGUCUUGCGCUUGGAUGAUCCGUGGGGGGUGAGCUGCGCAGCUGUCAGAAUGCUCGACCCAGCACGAUAUGCCUGCUGGCGGCCACCCGCGGACUACUACUACCGCUGCCGCCCUGUGCGGCAUGCUGCGAAGCGUGGCCAGGGCUGGACAGUCCGUGGCCAAGGGACGCCAUCAGCCCCGACGUGGACAGCGCAGAGCCCGCGGCGCCGGGGACGUGCAAGUAAUUUCUGUGUGACGACAGCGACGACCCGUCGUCAAACAAGGACUCUGCUAGUGGGCGCAGCUCCUGCAUGAGCUCCUGGAGAUACGCCGGCGGGGUGUUGCAGAACGCAUAG